CCAAUACCGAACGACGCCGCAUACCAAGUUUUGUAAACAUUGGAGGCGACUGGACUGGACAACUUAUUGAUAGCCUUGCCCUCUGCGAAUUCGGAUUGCGGUGACCGCUUGCUGCAAUCAAAGCACCGCCAAAAAAGAGAUUGACCAAAGCCAGUAAAACGAGUAAAACAAACUCAAGAAAUGGACAACAGUGAAAGUGGAGACGAUGUGGCUGCGUUCAUGCAGACUGCGGAGGGCACGUACAUUACUGCUGAUGAUGAUGGCGAACACGUUCUUGCUGAGAACUCGGACGAUUCGGGCCAAGAUGAUACAGAUGACAUGAACAAAGGACCUGGACAGCCUCUCCGUGAGCAAGACAGAUUUCUGCCAAUCGCCAAUGUAGCAAAGAUCAUGAAGAAAGCGAUCCCUGAAUCUGGAAAGAUCGCAAAGGAUGCAAGAGAAUGUGUUCAGGAAUGCGUGUCCGAAUUUAUCAGCUUCAUCACUAGUGAGGCCAGUGAUCGUUGUCACAUGGAGAAAAGAAAAACCAUCAAUGGUGAAGACAUUCUCUUUGCAAUGACAAACCUUGGCUUUGACAACUAUGUUGAGCCGCUCAAAUUGUACCUGCAGAAAUACAGAGAGACUACAAAAGGCAAUGACAAAAGCAUUCCUGGCGCAGAAACCGCCCCCAUGUAUGAAGAGGUUACUGCCAGCGUCGAUGAAGGAUUUGCUGCUCACAUCACCGGCUUGGCAGGCGAAGGACCAAGCACAGGCGAAAGCAGCGUUAUAUACGCCUACACCGACCAACUGCAGUUCAACUGACUGAAGAAGCGCCAGCGAGAAUGCAACCUUGUUUUAUUUGGUAAAAAGAAAUUUGUAUUUAUUUGUACUCGUAUUAAUGAUUUAUUUUAUCAAAGAAA